CUACGAGUGCACCUCGAGUAUUUCGACUCAUAACAAAACCUGUCAUAUGUAAUUUUUUUGUUACCUAUGUAAAACUUAUUUGAUCCUACCCGACUGGUAACUGCGGAUAUUCAAUUGUUGGGCAAAAUAUUCAACGUAAUUAUUUUAUAAUCUAUUAAAAUUUAAUAGUUAUAUGAAAUAUAUUUUAGAAAGGUUAACAACAAAGAUUUGAACAGACCUUGGAUUGAUAUUCUAUUUUUGGGAGGUACGUAAUACGGUGUUCCGAAAUACAUGUUUAGGGAUAAAUGUCAAUUUGAUAACACUUUCGGUGCACGCACACAAUGCGCAAUAAUUGUGCAUUUUUUCAACAAAAUCAUUUACUUUUUACAUUAGACUCUAAUAGUUCUAUUCUUAUUCAAGCAAAUUUAAUCAAUCAAUACAAUUUUUUUUAAGCAUAGUUUUUGAGAUACAGAAAUCUAAAUAUGAUUUUAGAUUCUCAAUUUAGCGAAGAAUACAUUGGGUUUAAAAAGAUGUUUAUUAUUUGUUUUAUGUUUUUUUACUUUAUGUUUUACUUUUUUUUUACAAAAAGCUUACCCUGAUUAAAAAAGAUUAAAAUAUUAAAAAUAAAGUUAUCAUUAGCAACCGCUUUUAUUUAUUUUUGUUAUUAUUAAGUUUAUUUUAUUUUAUUAUUUUUUAAACAAUCAUUGUUGUCAUAGAAACGCAUAUAUUUUAAAUUAUUUUACCAUUAUAUGACAUAUAUUGUAGACAAAGCAACACUAUAAACUGAACUCCGCUCAGAAUCAUUUUUUCAUUUGCAGUGGUUUAUCGUUGCUUACAGGUAUGCAUUAAAUUCCCCUCUACUACAGUAGCUGCACCCACGUGCGAACUAUGUCCGUCCUUUUUGUUAAUCUUUUUUCAACAAAUUUAAAACACAUGACUUUAAAAUUAAAGCAAUUUGAUUAGGUAGUACCUAAUAGGUACCUACUAUUUUAUGGGGAAACAGUUAUUUGUAAAGUUCAUAAAAUAACAGAAAUAUAACGAAAGUUCCAAAAUAUCAAAAUAAGUAACCUACAGGUUCAAUUUAUGGGAAAAAUCAAUACAUUUUUUUAAAAAAUUCUAUACCAAGCCAAAUAUAAAUUAUGUCUGUAUAUUAUAUAUACCUAUUUUAUGAUAUACAAAAAUUGUUUAUCAUACAAUAUUUUAAAUUUUGGUAAAAUUCACAUCAUAGAUACUGAUGUUAAUGGGAAGUUUAGAAGGUAUAGGAUAUAGGGUAGUUAUUAAGUUUGUGUACACAUGAAUUGUUUCAAUCAAAGAACAAUUCUGAACGGAACUCAGUUAAGCAGAGUACCGGUUAAGUUAUAGUAGGGGAUUGAUAAUGGUUUUUUAGUUUUUUUUUGUUUUAAACGAUAAAUAGUCGAUUUAAACCUAAAAAUCUGUCAAAAUCGUAGGAAUUGUAUUUGAAGGAUUUCAAUUUUGAAAAAAAAAUUAUGUCUCUUUAAGUUUUAUACUAAUACAUGUUUGAAAUAGAAAUGUAAUUAUUUUACUGAAAAUUGUAGAAAAAUGUCAUUGUAUUUUUAACAAGUUCGUAUAGAAUUUUAAAAAGAAAAAAGGUAUUUUUCGUCUUUUUGGUUUUUCUCAAUUAUUAUAACUUCUUUAGAUAUUAAAAAGUGAUUUUUUUCAGUGAUUAGUGCGCAGUAAAUAUUUACCGUUUUACUUAUAAUUAUUAUCUAUCCAGUUUUUACCAAUUAUUUCGUAAAUCCUUUGGAAAAUAAAAAAUUGGCAUUUUGAAUGCACCAAAUAGAUAAAAUUUCCUUUCAGAAAAAGUACUACGCUCUGUACAUUGGAGCAAAAUUUCGGGUAGAAAAGUUGUUUAAAGGCAGAAAAAAAAAAUACUCAUCAUAAUAAAGCCAAUUUAGAUCCCUUACUACGCACUGAAUCUAAAACUAAUGUGUCGAAAUAUUUGUUGUCAGUUAGGCAAUUUUUUGAAUUGUUUAGAAAAACAAUCGGGAAUCUAGAAAUAUUUUUCGAAUAAAAGUACCACACUGGAUAAAAAAAAAACACAUUUUUCAACGUGACGUGUGUGUGAUAGUAAACAAAUAACAAUAUUUAGAAUAUAUUUUUUACUAAAAAAAAACGCAUAUCUUGAUAAAACUUUAAUAGCUUCGGCGUACGGUACACUCGGAAUUUCAAUUUUUUUUUUUUCACUGAUAAACGAUAAUUAUUAUUUUAAGACUACCCGUAAACAUCUGUUUGCGUAUUAUUAUUAUUGUGUUCUCGUAUACGCGUUGUUAUAUUAUAAUGUAUACGUAUAUAAUAUUUAUUAAUACAAUGGCUGGGCGGAUCGGUUUUUAGGGUUUUAUGAUUAAAAACGGCUGCGGUGGCGGUGGCGCGCGCGGCCCAUUGUUAUAAAGGGCUUGGCCAGAAGAUUAUGAAAACAUCAUGAACCGAAUAUUCUCAUUCACUUCAUCGCAGUCAGUCAGUCAAAAGUCUUUGUCUGCAAUAACUCCUAUUGUUGUUUUCUCCACGCGCGCGGGGGCUCUAUGUUGGUCGUUGUUGUUGUUGUUGUUGUUCGUAUUCGUUUAUUAUCAUUACGAUUAUUAUUAUUAUGAUUAUGAUUAUGAUUUCACGUUUCUCGCACUCCACCACUACCGGUCUUACCGCCGACGCCGCCGCCGCCGCCAUCACCACCGCCGGUGAGAACUUGAUGAAGCCCCCGGACGAUUUCCAUCCGUCUCCUGCAUUACCCAUCGUAUUACACCGCCUCCGCCGCCAUUACUAUUAUCUAUAUACCACCCUUUUGGCAUAAGACCGUGCUUAAUCAGAAAAAAAAAAUAUAUGAAACGGAUUUCUUACCGCAAACUCCUGCAGACUAUUAGCCUAAUGGGAAGAGCCUAUCCCGAUGUAUAUAUAUUACGCGUGUACCAUAAACAAAAGGCGCAUUUUUGUCUAGCCUUACGGUAGAGUAAAAACGCAUUGUUUCACCAGACUGGAAAUAUACACGAACGAUACUAACAAUAAGACUAAAGAGAAAAAAGAAAAACAGGGAGGGGGUGGGAAGAACAGAAAUUCAUAAUAAUAUACUCCGUUGGGAAUUUUGCUAAUUUUGUGCCAAAGUGUUUCUAUCCUAUAUAUGUAUAUAGGAAGGUCCCAAGACGAUAAUAAUAAUUCUUUCGAUACCUACCUUUUAAAAAACGCAGUCAAUGUAAUAUGAAUUCGAACACUUCAAUACGCACAAUAUUAAAACACCGAUAUUGACUAGUAAUACUAAUACUUACUGGAAAAAUGAAUCGCUUUCAUAUAUUAUUAUAAUAACACGCUUCAUAAUAUUAUUUUUACGCUUUCUACCCAUAAGAAUCGAAUUAUUGUGAUUUCUCCUUACAUAUUAUGUAUAUGAAAUUAGGUAUGUGCCUAUAAUUUUCUGUCCGUACAAAGUGAUGUUUAUUAUUAUUUAGCUUUUUUUUAGAGAUUUAUCCUAACUUGUAACUUAGGUAGGUAUAUCUACUAGAAUCGUAUUUCAUUUUAGAUUCUGAGAGAAAAAUGUAUUGGUUUUACUAUAAUGUGUUUUUUUUCAAUCUGUAAACUCUUUUUUUUUCUAGAAAAUGUGUUGUUUUUAUUUUUAAGUGUAGUUUAUAGUAAGUGUCUUUUUUGAAAGUAAAUUUUAUGUAUCGGUGAAUUGAAAAGGUCAUUUUUUCUCUCUCGUCUUUUUCUUCAGAUUUUCUUUAAUGUUUUCUUAACAAUCUGUGGGAAAAUCUGCGGAAAAAAAAUAGAAAAAAUGGGAAAAUUGACUACAAUAAAGAUUUUAUUAUUUUCGAUUUGGUUUUAUUGAUAAAUUGUCUAUUUAAAAUAAUUCUAGAGACCUGAAAUGUUUACAGAAUACUUAUAUUACCCUAUUAUUAAAUUGAUUCUUGCGAUUUUUGAACUAUUUAAAUAUAGUCAAUUGACAUUUUAUAAUUUUUUUUAGUUUUAUUUGGUUUUAUGUGAAUAAAAUUAUGUUGGCUGAACAGCAAUACUUGAAAAUUUAACACAGGGUUUUAGGUUUAGGUAAAAAUUAAAAGUUAAGCAUCACGCUUACGUUACAUUACGUAGUAGUUUUUUUAUAAGUGAUUUUAGUUCAAAUUAUAAAAAUUUUAAAAAUAUUAAUCACCUAUAAUUUAUUGUAACGUAUGUAUAUAAUUUAUAUAUAUAUAUAUAUAUAUAUAAAUUUAAUCACUCAUAGUAGCACACCCGUGAGCUAUAUUAACUCUUUUUUUUUAUAAUCAUUAUUAUUGUCACAAUAAAUUAUAAAGGUAUAUUUAAAAUACAGAAAUACGUAUGACGAUAAAGUAUAUAUCUUAAUAUAAUACCUAAUUAUAAGUUCUAUCUAAUGUGUUUAUAUUCACACACUUUAUAUUGUACAGAAUAAUCAACUCUUCAUGUUAUAAAUAUAUUUCAUCGGUGAAGUGAUUAUAAAGCAUUCCACAAAAAAUCCGUUUGCGCUUUACGGGUAAAUAUUAGUGUAUAACUAUUUACUAUACAUAUUUCAUUUUAAAAUUAUCUGUAAUAAAAAUAUUGGUGUAAAUUAAAUAUUUUAAAGUCACCGAGUAGUAUUCUAUUUAUUUAACAAUAAUAAUAUUAUUAUUAUACUAUCUUCUCAGAUAUGAUAAGUUCUUUAUUCCUACGAGAAUAAAAAUGAAAAAUAUGAUAUUCCAAAAGCUUGCAAAUUCUAAAAUACAUUAAUGGUUUUAUAUGGAUAUUUUUCAAUAAUUUGUGUUUAAACUUUUACCAUCGUUAACUAUUAAAAUAUACCUACCUACACAAAAGAACCCUUUUAAAAGAGGUAUAAUAUGAAUAACGCUAUAGAUACCGUGUAAUAAUAUUAUUUUAGUUUUUAAGAGCCUUUUGUAAUAGAUAUAGAUAUAUCUAUAGAUAAAUAUCUAAUUAUGUUAAUUCAAAUCCUUUUUGCUGAUAAUUUCCCUUUAUGCGUAGGUAUUCACAAUAUCAUAAUAUUCUUUGUUUACAAAUAGAGCAUUUUACCUUGACGUGUAUACAAAUUUUUAAUAUUGAAUUAAGUAUAAAAGAAAUAAUGUUAUUGAAAAAUUAAUUAUAAAAUUCAAUUUAAAAGUACACGAUAUUAUAAAAAAGAGGGUUUUUUAAAAUUUAAUUCGGGUUGAUGGAUUUUUUAUUUUGGUUUAUUUAAUAGGUACUUAUCAACAGUUUAUAAUUAAUGAAAGAGCUGAUACUGAACGUGCCACUGUUGUUUGGUGGGAAGUGGAUAUAGUAGGAUAUGUACAUUAAGUUAUUAAUUUAUUUCUGUAUUCAACGAUAAACCACUUGGCAUUCAAAUACCAUAAUUUUUACUAUUCAUCGUUGAAAUUCGAUCUUAAAACGCUUAUAAAAAAAAAAAACUACUAGAUUACACUAAUUAUUUUUUUUACCAAUAAGAAGUAUGUACAAUGGACAUCUAGUUAAAUUUGUCUAGUUAUUUAAAACAAUCGUAUCCACAUUAAACCAAAAUGGAAACUAAAAAAACUCGAAAAUAUCAAAUGCCUAUAAAUAGCUCGACAAAAGUCAGCACUUUUUAAAAAUUGUACAACGUAUAGAGAAUUCUAAUAUAAGUAAUCUGUAAAAAUAAAUAUUUUCGAAUAAUUUUAACCAAAUUACAACAAUAAAAUCGAAAAUAAUGAAACUGUUAAUGCCAUACAUUUUGCUAUUUUUCCUACAUAUAUUCCCGAUCAUUAAGAAAACUACACUGAAAAUCAAAAACCAAUUCAAAAAUGUUAUCUAAAGUAUUAUUUGUUAAUAAUGGUAGUUAAACAAAAUAACACAAUUCCCAUUGUAAAGAUUUGUAAAUCAAAAAAUUAUAUAAGCCAAUGUUUGUUGUACCUAUGUACUUAGACUGAUUUACUAAAAUACUUAUGCGUACUUAAGACUUAAGAGGAUGAUGAACUCAAAUUCAUCGUUUUAUAAGCACCCAUAUAUUAAGUACUUUUAAAUAGUGCGCGUUCUGCGUAAAUAUUAAAAAAAAAAAAAUGUUUGGUUUACAUGUUUUAAAAUACGAUAAUUUAUCUUAAAACGCUUAAAAAAAAUACUGCAUUACACUCAACUUUUAUUUAACAGCAAGUAAAACUUAAAAUAAACCUCAUAUUAAAUUUUGAAGCAUUUAUGUUUGGUCAAAAAUUGUAUCCACAUAGUACCUACCUACUGCAAAAAUGUAAAAUGCCUUUAAAUUAGCUCAAAAAUCGUCAGAAAUAUUUGAAAUUUUUACGACGUCCAAAAAAAGUUAAUAUGAAUAUUCUGUGAAAAUUAUCUUGAAAAAUUUUCAAUAAAAACCAAAAUCGAAAAUAACGAAACUAUAAUUCCGUAAACGCUCCAGCAUUUCCUACAUUAUUUUCCGGUUUUUCCCAAUUAUCGUGAAAAUUUGUAAAAAUCAAAACACAACUUUCUUAUUCACUAACAAGAUUUGAAAUGCAACUAAAAUGGUAUCUUUUCGUCUUUCGAUUUGAGCAAUAUUUCUGGUAGUGAACAUAAAUAAAUUGUAAAAAUUUAAAAUAAUCAAAUCGACAACUCCACGGUGACCGUAAAUAUUUGUGCGCUUUUGCAAUAGUUUUUUUCUCGGUAUUUUACAAUUAUUAUGAAAACCUCUAAGAAAAUUAAAAAUUGAUCACUUCAAUAAAUCCAAAGUUCAACAAAAAAGACAUGUCAUUAUUUGAUUGAAGUAAGAUUUCUGGUAAAAAGUCACUCGCACAAAAAAAAAUUGAAAAUUAAAUAAAAACAUACACGUAGUAAACCAACAACAAAAUACGUUACAAAUUUAUCUAUUUUAAAAAUUAUAGAAAAUAACUCACAGUACCGCAAAGCGCAAUUAGUGUGUAUGCAAAAAUCUCCCAAGUACUUUCAUAGUACACAAAUGUACUAGCCAAUUUGAAGUGUUAGAGGGCACCAUUAGUCAAUGCCCAUAAAGGAGAUUUAAUUGCGUUAUUAUAAUCUGUCAGCCGUCUAAUUGUGAUAUUUGUAGUGCUUGUAAAAUUUAGUAUUGCCAUUUUGACUAUCGGAAAAACAAUUAAAUAUUAACAAAUGAAUUGACUCGUUAGCAAACUCAAAAAAUAGAGGACUAAACUUGUACUAAGUGUUCAUAAAAUCAAUUAUAACAUUAUGUUUAUAUUGUUUAUUUUAGUAAUUUUGCUUGGAAUAUAUCUUAAUAGUGUUCAAAAAUUAACUAACACUAUAUCAGUAAUAUAUUAUUAUAGACAAAUCAUAGAGUAAUACGCGUAGUUCAAUAACUUUGUUAAUAUAGAUUCACGAUUAUUUUAUUUGAGGGUGUUUGUAAUUGCAAACUUUUACAUUAUUAAUCGAUGAUUAUCGUAAUUCGUAUAGGUACUAUAUUAACACAACAGAUGUUCGUUGCUUUUCUUUGUCAAUGGUUGUUUUGUCGUGAAUAUGUUUUACAAUGCACUCUACGUGAUACCUACCCCUCUGGUCUUUUUCAAAAAAAAAAAAUCUAAAAACAUUGCGGCCAAUGAUGUAUAGCUUUAAGGAUGAAGUAUAAUAUAAAUGAUGAAAACGGAUUGAUUAAAAUCACUACGGUGCAUGCAUGUAAUUAUUACUUGUUGAACGCGUUUAUUUGCCACCGGCCCUUCCUUUCGUGUCACCCCUAUAUUUGAAUUUGAUUAAUUUCGGACAACAGAACCCAACAACGACCCUCUUCGUACAUUAUAAACAUGUUCAAAGGACACGCCUUUUAUUUCUUUAUUUCGUUUUGUCUAUAUCCCUUUUCAAGUGAAAUAUAUUAUGUACAUACGCACUAAAAAAAAAAAAAAUAAAAAAAACUUACAAUAUAUAAUAACAUUGGAUAAUACAAAUAAUGGAUCAAAUUGAUCACUUGAACAUUGUACUUGUAUUAUAUUAUUUUUAAAAAUUUUAUAUAAUGUUAUUAACCAAAUUGUACACUAAAUAUAUUAAUUCAAAUAAUGAAAUGAUCAUUUUCAAAAUAAAUGGUUCGCUGUUGCUAUAUAUAUUAAGUUUAAAAAUUGUAUUUUUUUUAAAAAAUUAAAUAUCCUCAAUCUAUCGACCUAUUUUUAAAAAAAUCAUAAUAGUUAGAAAAAAAAAAUAAUUUCAACUAGCCACUACUCACUAACCUAACCUAACCUAGCCACUACUCACUAGAAUAUAAACAAUAUCAAUAUCGUUUUUUAUAAGUUUUAGUUUUCUUACGUUUAUUUCGUUGUUUUAAAAAAAUAAUUGAACAUUAAAAAAAAAAAAAAAUGAUUUAUAUUGUUUCAUAUUUUUAAUUAAUAGUCAGAAAUCUAACCUUUCAACCCUAUAUACCAAACAUAAUUUGUUAAAAUUUUUAUUUUGAAUUAAUAUUAUGUAAUUUUAGACGUGACUUUUAAACAUCUAGACAUGGCAAUUCCCCCCCCCCUUUCCUUUUCCGUAUAGUUUUUAAUACUCUACAUGUGUACAUGCAAUAUAUAUAUAUAUAUAUAUACUUUUUUAAUAAAAUCCUCCACCCUCCCCUUGAAAAACCCUCAGAUCCGUUACUGAAUAUACCGGUAUUUUUAAUUAUAAUAAUUUCAUAAAAUUAUGUAUUUAUUUUAUAUUAUAUAGGUGCCUAACCAAACCAUUUGUGACGUCCAACUGGCAACUGCGAUAGUAUAGCACAAAAGAAAAAUGAAAAAAAAAAACAUUAUUAUUAUUAUAUAAUUAUUAUACCCUUAGCAUGGAAUUAUAUUAUUUAGGAGGGAAAUACGGGGUGCGACCGAAAGAAACGCCACCAUUGGCCAAGGAGCGCAUCCAAUGGGGCGUUUCUCGUCGAGCUGUAUAUUUCCAGAGGGAUGCUCGUAUUGUCAGUUAAAUUUCGAAAUCAUAAUCAUCCCUGUCGUGGUGCGCUAUGGCCGGAGGUCCUUAUUUAUCGCCGUUACCGGGUGAUCUUUUAUCGGAGUAUAUGUUUGGUAGACGUAGACAGGCAAGUUAUAUUAACAAUCAUUAAAAAAUAUAUACUUUUUUUUCGAUUUAGUGUUAUCCGAAGGAGUAUACUUUUUUUUUUUUUUAUUAAUAUUAUGAAAAUGGAUUUUUUUUUUUUUAAUAGAGAAGAAACCGGACCACUUUCACUCCACAACAGCUUCAAGAACUCGAAAGCCUUUUCCAAAAGACCCAUUAUCCGGAUGUAUUUUUGAGAGAAGAAGUUGCUCUACGCAUCAACCUUUCCGAAGCUCGAGUACAGGUCAGUGUUAAACCUUCUUUUUUUUUUUAAAACUAGUAUAUUAUGGAUUAUGCCAUACGUACAAUGGUAAAAUAUAAGCAUUGUUAUCAUAUCAACGAAAUUUUUGUCCAAUCAAAAAUUAUUGGCAAACAUGAAAAAUACAAUUUCUUUAUUUUCACUCAAUAAUACACAAAACAAAUUUGUAACAAAACGAGUCACUUAUUAAUAACCAAUAAUAUAAUACGAGUUAAUAGUUAUUAAUAAAAAAAAUCAUUCUAGAUAUCUAGCAUGAACAAAUCUUAAAAUUAUAGAAUUAAAAAUCCAAAAAAUAGCCUCAAAAUCUAAAUGAUCUAAAAAAAAAAAAAGAAAAAAAGAAAAUAACUUCGAUCGAAAAUAGCUAAUCGAAAAUUUUCAAAAAAUUGCGAGUCAAAUGUUUUAUUCUCAUUCAAAACCCAUUAGAAUGAAUUUUCAACAAAACGAACAUCACACAGCAAACUUUGGAAAAUUGUGCAAAGUAUAUUGAAAUCCCAGCCUUAAUUAUUAUCAAUUUUAUUAUAUUCUUAUAUUAAUAAUAAUAAUAAUAAUAAUUUAUUCAUAUUGAAAUCUGCAAUGCCUUCUUAAAUAUUUGCGUAUUAAUAGUUUUGUUUAUGCAAUGAUAAUAUGUUAUGUAAAAAAUCACAUUAAUUGAUUUUUAUUAAAAACAAUAAUAUAUCACUUUAUGGUGAUAUAUUAAUAUAAUGUAUUGUAAAUAUCUUUAAAAAUGAGUAGGUAAAUAGAGCAAUUAAAGAUAACUAAAAUAAAUGUUCAUAUAAAUUUAACAUAAUACGUAAAUAAGGUAAUUAAGACGGUUAAAUACUCAAAUUAUUCAAUAAUUCUUUCCAAUUAUAAUUAGAUCGAUUUAUUUAAUAGGUAGUAGUUUUAGAAAAUGUAUAGGUACUCACAUUUUCAAAAAAUUUAGUUUGUUAAAACUCACAAAUAAAACCUUUAAAAACGAUGAAAUUUAAGUUAAGAUAAGUUAAAUAUAAUAUAGUUAUUAAGUUUUUUUAGGAUUUUGAUCGGAACGUAAUGAAUACUGUUAUUUAAUUGUUUUACGACGAGGAAUUUUAUAAUAUUAUCAUUUUUGUACAUGACAGUGUACAUUAUACGCUCGAAAAGUUUCAUAUAAGACUACUUAUACUUCGGUAAUCGAAAACAUUAUAUAGGUAAUUUUUUUUAAUUUUCCAAUUUAUGCAUUGAAAAAUUAUUUAUCAUUUGAAUCAUUUAUCAUAUUUAUCACUUAAAAAUAAAUAUACACUUAUAUUCUUGUUAAUCGUAACUCACCCUUAAUAAUGACUCUCCAACCAAAUAGCAUAUGCUUUUAAUUUAGAAAAAUUAAUAUUAUUAUUAUUUUAUUUAUUUUUUUUUUUUUUGUAAGACUUGUAUUUAUAAUUUUAACAUUAUUAAGAUUAUAUUUUAUAAAUAAUGAAAAUAUUAUAGACUAUUGCAUAUUUAAAUAUACAAUAUGUAAAAUCAGGAGUGGUCAAACGGGUGGGAGUGUGAAGGGUAUAUAUUAACCCCUGUUACAUUUUUCCUUCAAUAUCUAUAAUAAAAAUCUGUUAUAUUAAGUUAACUAUUUAUUUAUAUUAAAAAAAAAAACAUUAAUAAUAAUAAUUGUGAAUAAAUGUUAUAAAAUCACCUCAAAAUCAUAUAAUCGCCACUGGGUAAAAUUCGUAUGAAUAUAAACUUUAAUAUGUUUUAGUAAAAGUACCAACUAAUUUAAUUUCUUGGAAUUGUAAUUAUAUAUAUAUAUAGGUAUGGUUUCAAAAUCGUAGAGCUAAAUGGCGUAAACACGCUCGACUUCAGAUCAUUCAAGACGCAUGGAGAAUUCGCUGUAUGGGUUUAAACACGCAAUCACUUUUAUUGGGCAAGUUAAAUAUAAACAUAAUAAUAUGCAAAUAUUUAUCCAUAACGUCAAGUUUACUUGUUCAGGUCGUCAAGUACCGGAAGGAACAGCUCGCUUAACGGACGAAAAAGGGUCCCCACCAACGCCUCCUACUCAAUCGACUGUCUCAUCGCCUACCCACGUGCCAGGAAGUUACAGAAUGCUUCAAAAGUAUGAUAAUAAUUAAAACAAUUAUUUAAAAUGUAUAUUAAAGUAUUAAAACUUUUUUUUUCCUAGUUUCCAAAUAACAGAAAGAGCGCCGAUAGCCGGACCAACCGCAAAUGCGGUUACUCCUAAAUUGUUCUGCCCGUAUUCUUCUACCGGUAAAAUAAAAUCACUUAUUUUCUACGUCAUUUAAUUUAAUUUAACACAAAAUAUAUAGGUAUAAAAGAAUACGAUUAAAAUAAUAUAAACGAAAAUACAAUUAAUAAUUGAUAAAAUUAAGCGUCUUCUUCUUUUACGAAACUAAUUUGUUCUUAUUUAAAAAUAUGUAUUAAUACCGGAGGUCAGUGUUGUCUAGUAAUCCAAAAUUCAAAAUUUAACAGUUAAGCAAUUAUAAUAUAGACACUUAAAUUUAAAAAUCCGGAUUCAAGUUCGAGGUUUUAUUGAACCUCUAUUUAUGUCUAUCAUAUAUUAUAUUAUAUAUUCAAAAUUUCAUAUUUAUACGUGUCAUAGAUUUAACUUAAAUCUCAAUCAAUUAUUAUAUUUUUUUUUCUUGUGUGCCCUUUGCUACCUCAACCAAACCCUUCCAAUGGUCUUUAUAUUCCCUACAUAUUCCAUUUGUGUUUUUUCAUCUUCCCGAUAUAAAUUUUUCUUUACUCAAUCCAGCAAUUAUUGUUCCUUUGGAUGAUGUCCUACUUGGAUUUGUGACUAGUAAUUUUGUGACCAGCUCACUUGUCUUAUUUAAACAAGCCAUUUUUUGAAUAUUUGGACCAUUGAAGAUUCUGUAUCUAAUAUCUGCAUUUAUUUUUCUUCCUUACAGCCCUGCUUCGGUCAGAGGCGUCUCCAGACCUUAAUUAUGGGGGAGGGGGCAAAAUAAUUAAAUUUAAUAUUAAUAAUUGAUAAGAAAAAAAUACACACUUCGCACAAUGGAUAGACCACUAUUAUAGAUGAGAAGUUGGAAGGGUAGGAUAUUGAGGGAAAUUUAAUUUAUAUCUGUACCUAAGCAUAUUUAAACAUUGCCAACAAAAACGAUUCUGAGCGUAGCUUGAUUAAGAGUAUUGACUUUAGGUAUUAUAUACAUGGGUCCAAAUAUUCUCAUAGUAACUUUUCUUUCAAAUGUUAGUAACUUUGUAUCGUUUCCUUUAGUUGUCAACCACAUUUCGCAGCAAUCGUUUCCUUGGAGAGGCGUUUAAAACUAAACAUGUUGUUCAUUGUAUAAUAUCCGCAAUUUACCGCUUUCAACAUCAAUUUUAUUUCAUUUUGCGUGUCAUUUCUAUUAUUUACAUAUUGACACAUCAAUAAGUACCUAAAGUUUUCUAUUUACUCAAAUGUGGAUUGCUCUACGGAAAUAUUUUGCUACACAAAACGUAUCCCGUCUAAUCAUAAUAACUUAUAAUCGUUGUGCUCUCAUUUAUGUUGAGGUUUAUUAUGUUACUAGAUCUAAAUAAUUUCUACUACUUUAUUUUGAGAAUCUUUUGAGAACUACUAUAUCAUCAACGUACACUAGAAAUGUCUCCUUACCGAGUACCCUCUUUCUCUAAUAAAUGAAUAAUCGAUGAACUUUAUAUUAUAAUAAUAUUUUAUAGUAAUAAUUUAAUAAUAAUCUUUUAGUUUUUUUAUUUAUUAAACGUUUUUAAAAAACCUAUAAUUAAAAUGCAAUUUAAGUAGUAAAUUGUACUAUUUUGCCUAUAAUUAUAGUUAUACCUAUCACAAGACAGUACAAAUUCUAUAACUAUAUAAAUUAUUCAAUUUUCAGAAAAUGACGUUUCAAAUAGACGAUUGGCCCAUCACCAGGACGCCACUAGGUCUGAUAUGAAUGGAAACCUUUCUUUAAUGGUGGGUUCUGUGGAUUUAACAUGCUCAAAAUCUCGUCCUACCAGUCCGGAAGAAGAAAACGAUAUAAACGUAAACGAUUGAAUAUAGAUCAUAACAACAAUAAUUAUAAUUGAUAUUAUAUGAUAUAGAUAUUAAGAACCAAAAAUACAAUUUUACUUUAAAUUAAUGUUUAUAAGAACUAAGUUAAUAUUAUCAGUAUUAAUUAAUAUCUAAGUGAAUACAUUAUGUACAUAUAAUUAAAAUAAAUAUAUUUGCUAAAAUUACUCACAAAAGAAAAAAAUAUAAAGUACUAAUCAUAUUAUAGAAGUUAUAAAUAUAAUAAUUAAUGUACAAAAUAUAUUAUGUUUAAUACAUAAAAUGUACUAAAUUUAUAAACGUUAGACAAAUUCAAAUAAGAAUGUUAUUCAAUCACCCAUUUUUUGUUAUUAUUAUACUAUUUUCAAAAUAUAAUAAUAUAUUUGUAUUUACG